CUUUUGCUGCGAGCAGCUUGGCAGCUCGAAGCAGGACGGUGAUCUCUGUCUUAGCAAAGUACUUCUAGACCAGGCCCUUACUUCUAUACUUCGGGUCAUAUUUAUUUCUGUGGUAUUCAUAUGCCUGGAUUUAUCACGUUACCUUUGGUGUUAUGAGAGUUCUGCUAUGGUAGAACAAGCGCUUGCUAAGUUUGCAUCAGAUCUGGAUGUACAUAUGCAGAAAAGCAGAUAGAAGGGCAUGCUUCACCGUACAAAGUAUAACCGUUUUAGGAAUGAUUCAGUGACAUCAUUCGAUGAGCUUAUACACAACUUAUCAAUGAGCGGCAAAGGCACGACUGUUACAACGACGACAACGACAUCCGAAGGGCCUUCGUAUCCAACCUCAUCAGAGGUGCUCAGCAAGAAUCAGGAAGAUGGGCCUACCACACUCUGCACCUUCAUCCAAAAGAUGUCCCAUAUGAAAUUUGCUAACACAGGCAGCCUGUUGGGCAUCAAAAAUUUAUCCUCUGCAGUAAAAGACCUUGCAGUUUCUAAACUGCAAGGGAGUUCAAGCACUCCUAGUUCAGUUACAACAGCAGUAGAUAUAUGUAACCCUAUCUCUACCACUCCGUGUUCCCAGCAGGACGUGAACAAGAUGAGCACAGACAAGAAGACCAAGGUAGAAGACGUUCACCAGGGUGGAGAUGACUGGAACCAUAGUGGCAAUUUUGUCAAUAGAUCCUCACGAGGAUGGUUGCACUCUAACGAGAAGAUCUUGGGACCUGGUGUGACGUAUGUCGUGAAGUACCUGGGCUGUAUUGAGGUGUUACGGUCUAUGCGUUCCCUUGAUUUUGGCACAAGGACACAGAUUACAAGAGAAGCUAUCAGUAGAGUGUGUGAAGCUGUACCAGGCACAAAAGGAGCUUUUCGAAAGAGAAAGCCACCAAGUAAAGCAUUGUCUAGUGUACUUGGUAAGAGCAACCUACAGUUUGCUGGAAUGAACAUCACUCUGAAUAUUUCAACCAGCAGCCUCAAUCUAAUGACGCCUGACACUAAGCAGAUUAUAGCAAAUCAUCAUAUGCAGUCCAUUUCCUUUGCAUCUGGUGGUGAUCCGGACACCACAGACUAUGUUGCAUAUGUGGCAAAGGACCCAGUGAAUCAUCGAGCGUGUCAUAUAUUGGAAUGCUGCGGUGGGCUGGCUCAAGAUGUUAUCAGUACGAUUGGCCAAGCUUUUGAACUUCGUUUCAAGCAAUAUCUACAGUGUCCUACUAUGAUAUCUAGUGUUCAUAACAGAAUGCCAAAUUCAGAAGAAUCAACAUGGGCUGGAGAAGUUGAAGAGGUAACAGAGCAUCCUUAUUAUAACAGUAUUCCAGGGAAAAUCCCUCCUCCUGGUGGGUUUAUUGAUGUCCGACUUAGAGAAACUCAUCAGCUAGGGUUGAAUCAGAUUCUGCCUGAACAUUGUUUUGAUGUUAAUCAGCCAGUGUUAGCCAUAGGACAAGAUCAAAGCUACUAUCAAGGGCCGGACCUGGGCGAGAACCACAGUGAAGACUGGAGACGGGCGUUCUGCAAAUAUGGAUCCUCUACUGAUUUAUGCGUUCGAUCGGAGGUGAGACCUUCAUUAUCCAUAGAUGGAGAAGUACCAACAUAUGUCAACACUCAACAUCUAGAUCUCCAGGCUGUAGCGACAUUGCAAGUACAUCCCAGCACUAACACAGGAACCAAUGAAUUGACAAAUAAUAAUGAAAACCUAUCAAAAAAAGAUGUCUUUGAUAUGAAACCAUUUGAAGAUGCUUUGAAACUUCAAGCAGAUGGGCAGUUUUCAAACAAACCUUUAUCUCUUCCAUCUGACAGUCCUCAUUUAUCUAAGACAACCACAGCAACAGUGAAGGAAUGCCUUGAGGAGGAGCCAUGGUAUCAUGGGGAAAUGAGCAGAAAGGAUGCAGAACAGCUCCUGGCAACUGAUGGUGACUUUCUGGUUAGAAAAAGUACAACCAACCCUGGAUCCUAUGUAUUAACAGGCAUGCAUAAUGGUCAGGCAAAACAUCUCCUCCUUGUAGACCCGGAAGGAAUUGUUCGAACAAAAGAUCAUGUAUUUGAAAGCAUUAGCCAUCUUAUCUACCAUCACCGUGACAGCAAUUUGCCUAUAGUCUCUGCUGGAAGUGAACUGUGUCUGAAGCAAUCAGUUGAGAAAAAGCAGUGAUUGCCAGAACUUGUCGUGUGAUUUUAACAACCUGAUGGAAAUUGUUACUCCAUCAUGUAUUGUUUAGUGGAAACAGAGAGAAGAAAUUUCUGAAUUUUGAGAACUGUCUGAUUUAUGUGAAUUGGAAUUGUGUGGAUCAAAGCAAGCAGGGGUUUUAUUUGAAUAUCUAAAGCAAAAGAUUGAGUUGUGAAAAAGGUGUUGUGAAAGUGUUUUAUGCUCUGUGUUUCAAGUUGAAUCAUUAUAUUUCUAAGAGAUAUUGAAUCAUUUACUAUGGUAUAGAUGAAAUGCAGAUAUCUAGCACAUCUGAUGCAGAAAUUAUAUUUUAUGUUCUUCUCAAUGUCUUCAUCUGGAACGUUUUACUACAGAAGCACAAUAUUUAAAAGGAAGAUAUUUAAUCAAAAUUACUUUAAUUGCAGCUACUAUUUUAAGGAAUGACAGUCUUUUAGAAAAAGAAUCAAAAUCUUCAAAUACCUAACUGGUGAUAAACCUGAGAUUGAUGUUGUCGUUUAUUUUGUUUUUGAAGAUUUAAAGGAAACUUUACUGACAGUGUGUUUUAUGACUGUGUUGUUUUUAUCUGAGAAAUUAAGAACAUGAGAACUAUAAUGAUAGAGUGCUAUUGCUAAGUGGUUAUUACAUAGGAACUUCACUUUGAAUGUUUUUCAUUUACUUGCAGACCAUUUUAACUCUUGAGUACAAAGUGCUUUUGCACAUGGAUAUAUAAUUGAUAUUGGUAUGAAAUGAACACUGUACAUUUUAAAUACAGCUGAUGAAAGUAAUGGCAUAUUAAACAUUUAUUGAUAAGCAGAUUUAUCUGGCUUAUUGUGUGGUUGGAUUUAGAGAAAUUGCUUAUUGCGCACAUUGAAAUCAAUCAGAAUCAACCACAAUAUGGUACAAUUAAGUUACUUAAAACAAUUCUUGAAUUUGUAUAAUUAUUUCAUUCUCUGAAUUGAAUGAAUGUUACAGUUUUCUCAUUGUUGUAAAUUGUAAGUACCAGAGCAUUUUGAUGUAAUAAACAUACAAGACAAUUUUCAAGAUAUUUGCUUAGCAGCAAGUCCUAUUUAGCUUAUUGAAAGCUUACAUAAAACACGCACAAAGCCUGCAAUAGAUUAGUUCUUUGUUGAAAUCAAUUGGUAAACCAGCAGUUGUUAUUGGUUGGGACAGCUUUCCUCACUAUAUUACUGUACCAAAUCCAUCGCUACCAAUCAUUGACACUUUGAUAAGUGUAGUAGAAGUCAAUAAAUGUAUUGGCUAUUUUGAAAUACUAUACUUCAUUGAAAAUUAUGAUCAAGCUUAGCACAAACAUGAAAUCAAUGCCCAGCAUCUGGCAUUGUUGUCUUCUUAUUUAACUCUUAAAAUUCUAGUGUUUUGCUUCUUUCAGAGUUCAUCGUUAUUCAGUGCAGUGAGGGUCAGUGCAACACUUUUAAAACAAAAUAGUUGCUGAAUUUAGGAGAAUUAAUUUUACAAGUUCUGCCAGGCAACACUGAAUCUCUAGCUCUGCUACAAAAACGUGCCUUUUGAUCAAAUAGUUGUGCGUAUCUCAGAGGCUGCUGUUUUGAAUACAAAUAAAUUGCAACAUUUUUAUCAUAAACUGUUUACAUUUGUAUUUGUUAUUUUUUAAAAACUGUAUGACU